UCUCCUCCUGAGGAAGGGGAGGGAUGACACAACUGCGGGGGGGAUCCUUUAAAAGCUGGGCAGUGGGCACUGCACUCAGAGCUGAAUUCAGGAAGCCUCAGCACUGUGGCUGGAUCGGGUCCACUCAUGGCAUCACUGGAACCAGGCCUCACCAGGUCCCUGAACAGGGGCCCCAUGUCCCCACAGCAGCCUAGCACUCAGGACCAGACCCUCCUGGAUGAGCUCAUCAGCAUCCCCAAGGGCAGUGGGCCUGGGUUCAGCUUUAGGAAACUCUGGGCUUUCACCGGUCCCGGCUUCCUCAUGAGCAUCGCCUACUUGGACCCGGGCAACGUCGAGUCAGACCUGCAAUGCGGGGCCGUGGCGGGAUUCAAGCUGCUGUGGGUGCUGCUGUGGGCCACCGUCCUCGGGCUGCUGUGCCAGCGCCUCGCCAUCCGUCUGGGCGUGGUGACCGGCAAGGACCUGGGCGAGAUUUGCUACCUCUAUUACCCCAAGGUGCCCCGUGUGCUGCUCUGGCUCAUGAUUGAGAUCGCCAUCAUCGGCUCGGACAUGCAGGAGGUGAUCGGGACAGCCAUUGCUUUCAGCCUGCUCUCAGCUGGCCGCAUCCCCCUCUGGGGUGGGGUCCUCAUCACCAUCGUGGACACCCUAUUUUUCCUCUUCCUCGAUAAGUAUGGGCUCCGCAAACUGGAGGCUUUCUUCGGUCUCCUCAUCACCAUCAUGGCCCUGACCUUUGGCUACGAGUACGUGGUGGUGAGGCCAAGGCAGGCGGAGGUGCUGAAGGGCAUUUUCCUGCCCAGCUGCCCGGGCUGCGGGCAAAAGGAGCUGCUGCAGGCCAUGGGCAUCAUCGGCGCCAUCAUUAUGCCCCAUAACAUCUUCCUCCACUCCUCCUUGGUCAAGACACGGGUGAUCGACCGCUCCAAGAAGGAGGCAGUGCAGGAGGCCAAUAUGUAUUUCCUGACCGAGUCCUGCCUGGCCCUCUUUGUCUCCUUCCUCAUCAACCUCUUUGUCAUGGCUGUCUUCGGCGAGGCUUUCUACCACCAGCGAAACGAGGACGUGCACAACAAGUGCAUCAACAGCAGCAUCAGUCACUAUGCCGGCAUCUUCCCCACCAACAACAAGACAGUCUCUGUGGAUAUCUACCAGGGGGGUGUCAUCCUGGGCUGCUAUUUCGGGGCAGUGGCACUGUACAUCUGGGGCAUCGGGAUCCUGGCAGCGGGACAGAGCUCCACAAUGACCGGGACUUACGCAGGGCAGUUCGUCAUGGAGCCCGGGGAAGGUGCUGAUGACCCUCAUAACGGGGCUGGUCUGCGCCAUCAACAUUUACUUCGUGGUGGACUUCUUGCCAACACUGCACGGCCUGGAGUACCACAUUCCCCUGAGCCUGCUACUGGCUGCCUACGUGGCUUUCGUCGCCUACCUGGUAGGGCUGGCACCGCGGGACAGGGGCGGGACAGUGUCCUUGGUGGGUGCUCAUCGACCUGUCCCCUUUGCCCCUGCAGAUCUGGACAUGCAGCAUCGCACAUGGAGCCCGGUUCCUGGCCCGGGGCCACCACAGCCGGUUCAAUUUCGGUCUCGCCCUCGACCCGACAGAGACACGGUGACAGAUCCCAUCCCUGCUUGUUAUCCCCACAUCCCUGCUCACCGCGGCCUCCUGGACACGGAUUUGCUGCCAUUCCGAGUCCGGGCAUGUUUUGGCCAGACAUGCACCCAGCAAGGAAAGGGUUAACAGACAGGCAGCCCUCCCCCCAGGAUCUGCGAGCUCAGCGCUUCUUCCCACCCCCAACCCCCGCCAAUUCCGGGGUGCUGGUCCAGGCUCGAUGCGAGGGGAGUGGGAUAGAGCGGGAGAUUCUCCCAUCCGCUGGCACAGACGCUUCAGUGAAUGAGCCGCGUCGGAGACUUCCCCUGCUCAUUACCGCCAGGAACCGCCGGCCCCCGGGACCGCUAAUCACGGCUGGGGACCGCUAAUUACCGCCGGGGACCGCUAACCACCCCCCGCCGCCGGCCCCGGGACCGGCCCCAUCCCCACGGGGGGCUCCGAAACUCGGGGGGAGGGGGACGGCUGAUAAACGGCGUGUUUGGAACCGGCCUCGGCCUCGCUGCUGCUGCUGCUGCGUGGCCCCGGAGCGGGGCGGGGACCCCCGGGCCCGUUCCGGGGCGGCCCUUGCCCCGCGCGGGGAGUGGCAGCGGUGCCACCGCGCGGCCGUGUGGGCGCGGGGGGCUCGGCGCCAGCCUUUCGCAUUCCCGCGGGGGAGCGGGGCGGCGGGGAGCCGUGCGUGCCUUCUCCGCCCCGGAUGCCCCGUUUCCCGCCCGCCGGUAGCGCCGGAUGCGGACGCGGGGCCGCUCGGGGCCUGCCCGGUGCCGCUCGGCGGGCGGGGGGGUCCCGGCGCUCCGGCCCCGCCGCGGGCCGCGCUGGCGAGACGCUGCCCGGCUGUUUCAAG